AAUCGGUAGAGAUGUAGGUGAGGCCUCAGCUGCAUUGAUGAUAGGGCGUUGCUGGCGAGCCAGUCGGAGGUACGGGUACUGACAGCGGUGUAUACGGGGCGGAUUUCUGUCCUGCUGGGUGCCUGGACAACAAAACCUGGGUGAUAUUACUUUAGACAACGAUAUUUACCUUUCGUGGAGUCGAAACAUGACAAUUUGAUAUGUAGAAUUGAACAUAUACGCGUGGAUACAAGUGGCACUUGUUUUAUAAGGGAGGAAGUCGAGGAACAGGACAUGGCGACCUUGUUGUCUUGGGGUGUAUGAUGAGAGGAGGGGUAUGGUAACACGGAACUAGCAACACGAGCCAUAAAACUAUAACUAUAAGGAAAGUAUUUUUAUGAUAACAACAACAACAACAGGUCGGCCUCCGGAAGGGCGUUAACGUUGCUGCUCCAUUUCCUCGUGUCAUUCGGAACAAUCAGAGACAACCGCUGGAGAGGUGGGGAUUUAUACUUGUUGUGAAGAGGAUCUGGUGGCAUCAAAGCCAUCAUUAUCAUCAUCCUGACCCAAUAUGGGCUUCUUUCGACAACUCGGGCUGCUCAUGUGGAAAAACUUCCUGCUACAAAGGAGGAAAAUAUGUGUUACAAUAUUUGAGGUGAUCUUGCCUCUGCUGUUCGCUGUUGUAUUUCUGUCGCUUAGAUUCGUCGUUCAAGUUCAACGUGUGGAUAAUUCCACGCAAUAUGAUUCUUUCCCUGUGGUUGUGCCACGCAGUGGCUCCUCGAGGGGGAUGACAGGGAAGAUCCUGUACACUCCAAACAUUGCGAUUACAGACGGCUUGAUGGCUGGUGUGCAAAGCGCUCUGAACACGUCUACACGAGGUCCCUCAUUGGUUACCAUGGGCUUCUUGUCCCAGGAGAAACUACUGGACUACUACAGACUAAACUCUGCUGACGUCUCGAUGGCACUGGAGUUUGACGUCAAGACCACCGACACAACUCUCCCCAAGGCUCUCCGCUAUUCCAUCCGACCCCCUCUCCAACAAUCGUCUGACAGAUGGAGAACUACGGAAACAUUUCCGUUCAGACAAACAGGAGUUCCUAGAAUUGAUUUUUCUCCACGUUAUAAGGACAGUGGCUUCCUGGUAGUCCAACGACUGGUAAACCAGGAAAUCAUCAACUACUGGAACGCGAGAGCAGGCAAUACCACCAGUGACCUUGACAUUCGUCUACAGCGCAUGCCCUACCCACCCUACAUUAUCGACCCAAUGAUGAUUGUACUUCAAGUGAUGCUGCCAAUUCUACUGAUGCUGAGCUUUAUUCUCAUGGCGAUACAAACAACUAAAGGGGUGGUUUAUGAAAAAGAGAGGAAAUUAAAGGAAUCCAUGAAGCUAAUGGGACUCAGCGCCACAGCAAACUGGAUGUCUUGGUUUCUGACCUCCUCUAUAUACGUGGUGAUCAUCAUGGCUUUCUACGCUUUGUUCUGUGGACUUGAUGCAAGUGGGAACGGGGCGGCGUUGAGCAAUGGUGAUCCUUUCCUCUUCUUCCUGUUCCUCCUCUGUUACGGCGUCUCCAUCAUCUCCUACUGCUUCAUGAUCAGCGUCUUCACACACAAAGCUAAUAUAGGAGCAGCGAUCAGUGGAAUUGUAUUCUUCGUGUCCUACUGUCCUUACUUCUAUCUUGAGAGUCAGUAUGAAACGAUGAGCAGAUCGGCCAAGUUGGGAUCAUGUCUGGUAUUCAAUCUCGGCAUGGCAUUUGGCUCCAAGGUGAUUGGACUCUAUGAAGGAACGGGUUCUGGUAUUCAGUGGUCUAACUUCGACCAGCCUGCAUCAGUUGAUGACAACCUGUCUCUGCUGGAUGUCAUGCUGAUGUUACUCGUAGACUCGGCCAUCCACUUGCUCAUCACGUGGUAUGUGGACAACGUCUGGCCGGGGGAGUUCGGGGUGCCCAAACCAUGGUACUUCUCCUUCACUAUCGCGUACUGGUGUGGUAGUUCGGUGCGUGUAGAGCCAAUCCAAGAUAUUGCCACAAAACAAAAUGAAACCUACUUCGAGAAGGAGCCUAAUGGAAUGGAUAUCGGGAUAUCCAUCAAGAACCUACAGAAGGUAUUUGGCAAAGGAGCCAAGAAGAAGGUAGCUGUGGACGGAAUGAGUCUCAACAUGUUCGAGGGUCAGAUCUCUGUUCUUCUGGGUCACAACGGCGCUGGAAAAACUACAACUAUGUCCAUCCUAACAGGUUUCAUCCCUGCCACUGGAGGUGCCGCUAUAGUGAAUGGCUUUGACAUACGGACAGACAUCCGAGGUGUCCGGCAGAGCCUGGGGCUGUGUCCACAGCAUGACAUUCUGUUUGAUACCAUGACAGUGACAGAACAUCUUGACUUCUUCGCCAACCUGAAAGGCUGUCCAAAGAAACACGUGAACUCGGAGGUGGAAAAGUAUAUCUACGAGAUUGGGCUGGAUCACAAAAGAAAUGUCAUGUCUCAGAAUCUUUCUGGCGGCCAGAAGCGGAAACUCUCUGUUGGCAUCGCCCUUAUUGGAGGUUCCAAGAUCGUUAUCCUGGAUGAGCCGACUUCCGGUAUGGAUCCUGCAGCCAGGAGACAGACAUGGGACAUCCUUCAGAGAAACAGACAGGGCCGGACAAUGCUGCUGACCACUCACUUCAUGGACGAAGCUGACCUUCUGGGUGACCGCAUCGCCAUCAUGGCAGAAGGGGUGGUCAAGUGCUGCGGGACAUCAUACUUCCUGAAGAAGCUGUACGGAGCUGGCUACCACCUGGUGAUGGUGAAGGAACCCACCUGUCAGGUGGCAUCAGUGACGAAAGUUGUCCAGCAAUACGUCCCUUCAGCAGUCAUGGAGAGUGAGAUCAAUGCUGAACUCUCCUACUUGCUGCCUGAUGACCAGUCAGCCAACUUUGCUGCUCUCUUCACGGAGAUUGAAAACAAGGGGAAGGAACUCGGUAUAUGUAGCUUUGGAACUACCGCCACCACCAUGGAGGAAGUGUUUCUGAGGGUUGAGAAAUCCCAAGAACAAGAACAAGAACAAGAACAAGAACAGGGUGGUUCAGCUGGCCUGAAGUCCUAUGUUAAUCCUGUCAUGGCGAUGGAAAUGAAACAAAGUUCCAGUUGUAGUUAUAGACUUCAAAACGUCCAGGCCAACCAGGCAAAUGGUGACAUUCUGGCAUUCAACCAGGGAUACAAGAGAGCCACGGGUCUGAUGCUGGAAUUGUCAAGAUUCAGAGGAAUGUUUGUGAAGAAAGUUCUCCACACUUGGAGGAACAGGACAAUCGCCUUGGUACAACUCCUCCUGCCUGUCUUAUUCGCAAUAGCUGCCCUAGCGGUGAGCGAGGUUGAGCCUACGUUACCCGGCGAAGCACCUCUCACCUUAGACCUCGCACCCUUUGGGGGAAGCUUUGUGCCCUACAACGACGGCACCCCGGCAGUUGCUCUGACAGAGGCUCUGGGCACUGCGUAUUCUGACCAGUUCGUGGGAACCGCAGACACUACUGAGAAGAUGAACCUAUCAAACUCAGAUGCUAAUGCUUACUUCCUAGCCAGAGCUAAUAAUCUUGGAAUUGGUCAGUACAAUAAGAAAAUGAUGAUUGCUGCCGAGUAUGCGUCCAACACCGUUGCUAAAGGCUACUACAAUGGACAGUCAUUUCACGCAAUUUCAAUUUCCUUGUCAUACAUGAUGAAUGCUAUGCUGAAACACUUCACAUCUCGAGAUCAUUCAAUAAUAACUGUCAACAACCCCCUGCCUUUUGAUGAAAAUGAAUCAUCCUCUCGGAUUGCAGGAGCUGGGUUAGGAAUUGGGUUCACUGUUGCCUUUUGUCUCCUGUUUGGCAUGGCUUUCCUAACUUCAUCCUUCGUGUACUUCCUCAUCAAGGAGAGGCAGGUGGGCGCCAAACAUCUUCAGAGUGUCAGUGGAGUUGGACCAUUUGUCUUCUGGUUGUCCAACCUGGCCUGGGACUACAUCAACUACCUGAUUCCAUCCCUUGUGCUGCUGGUUGUGUUUGCAGCGUUCCAGUCGCCAGCCUACAGCGACGAUGGGAGGCUGGGAAUCGUGUUCUUGGUUCUACUUGUAUAUGGACUGGCGGUGUUACCUUUCAUGUACGUCCUGCAAUAUGUGUUCAAGUCCCCUGCUACUGGCAUGGUCGUCAUCAUCAUCCUGAAUAUUAUAACAGGUCUCGCCACCCUCCUCACGACAUUCAUGCUCAGACUUCUUGAGGAAACGGAUCUGGCGAUUGCUCUGGACUGGGUCUUCUUGGUGCUGUUCCCCCACUACAACUUUGGCAAGUCCAUCAAUGACAUGUUCGUUAACUACAGCAACUUGGACUACUGCUUCGGUUCCAACUCAACCAAUCUCUGUGUUGAGAAGCCUUCAUGCUGUAAAGAUUCAUGUGGUGACAACUGCUUGGACUUUGCCGAGGAUUACCUGGACUGGAUGUACCCAGGAGUUGGCCGUUUUGUAGUCUUCAUGGUGAUCCAAGGUGCCGUCUAUCUGCUUGUCACUCUGUUCAUCGAAUACAGAAUCCCACAACGCAUCAUCUACCUUCUAGGACGCAAGGAAUCUGACUCUGAGGCGUUCUCCAGAAUUGAAAGCACCAUGUCUAAGGACGCUGACGUCGCUGAGGAGCAACUACGUGUUAGUCGUAUCUCGGCUGGAGAGCAUGGGUCAGAUGCGCUCAUCCUUAAAGAUUUAUACAAGCGGUAUGGUAACUUCGUUGCAGUGGACCAUCUCAGCAUUGGGAUUCCGGAGAAGGAGUGUUUUGGUCUCCUGGGUCAGAAUGGUGCCGGGAAGACUACCACGUUCAAGAUGAUGACGGGAGAUGUAAUGCUGACAAGCGGGAACGCUUUUCUGUGGUCAUACGACAUCAAGAAUAAUACCCAAAAGGUGCAGGAGAACAUGGGCUACUGUCCCCAGUUUGAUGCUCUGAUUGACCAGAUGACAGGACGGGAGACUCUCACCAUGUACGCCAGACUCAAGGGAGUCCCGGAGAGCCGCAUCAAAGGCGUGUGUGACAACCUGCUGGAUAUCAUGUUGCUUGCACAGUACGGAGACAAACCUGCCGGAACAUAUAGUGGUGGUAACAAGCGUAAGCUGAGCACUGCCAUCGCUCUGGUUGGAGACCCGGCCUUCAUCAUGCUGGAUGAGCCGUCCACAGGGAUGGACCCCAAGGCCAGGAGGCAGCUCUGGAACGUCCUGUCAAAAGUCCGGGAGUGCGGCAGGACCCUGGUGCUCACGUCUCACAGCAUGGAGGAAUGUGAUGCCCUGUGUACGAGACUCGCCAUCAUGGUUAAUGGGCAAUUUGUCUGCUUGGGAACGCCACAGCAUCUGAAGAACAAGUUUGGCCAGGGGUACACACUCAUCGCCAAGAUGGGAAAUGUCACGGUGCAAUUAGAAGCUUCAGAAGAAACUUCACCAGCGCCUACACAACCCCUGAUAGAUUUCCUGGUGUCUACAUUUCCUAACACAAAAGUGUUUGACGACCACCAGGGCUACGCCCACUUCCAGGUGCCCGACACCUCCGUGAGUCUGGCCCAGGUGUUCACGUCCAUGGAACAGGCUAAGGGGCAGUUUUUUGUUGAGGACUAUUCCGUCCAUCAGACAACACUGGAGCAAGUGUUUCUUACCUUUACUCGAAGUCAGAACCCACCGAAAGAUGACAACACGAGCCUCUGUAAAGGGAUAUGCUGUUGCUGAAUGAGAUUGGAUUAUAAAGUUUGAAAUAGGCGUAGCAGUGUUUGUAAGAAGUGUAGGAGUUUGAAAGAGGGUUGGGUUAUGAUUGUGUUAGGACGCUUGAAAGGGAUAGGAAAAUUUUAACGAUAGAGAUAAGACGUUAAAUGGGGCGUACAGGAGUAUUAAAAAGGAUAGUGAAGUUUGAAAGAACGAUAGUGAAGUCUGGAAGGCAGCAAAGGGAGGGACUGCUUCAGUCUAAUUCAAUUUUAAUCCAGCUUACUUUGCAUUUUUCAUCGACACAGUUUAUGAAAUGGUUUGUAUUUGAAGCCUCGGUGAACAACAGGCUAUUUUCUUUGAUUCUGUGGUUUUGUUUUGGUAUGAUGGUCUUCAGCACUGGAAGAUGAUGUUGCCUUAGAGAAAUAACAGUUUACAUUCAAUAUUUCGUCAAUGUAUGAGGUAGCCAUUGUUGUGCAAAUAUUCAACACCGUGGUCUAUUUUUUAUUAUAUUUCUUGUCCUGAACGGUGAAUUGGUGGAGUGGUACUGUUACACUGUCAGCACUGUGAGUCACGUUUAGAAUGUGAUUAUAAAUGAAUGGAUCAAAUAAUAUAUAUUUUUCAAAUUUCUUUUGUCUCGUUACACAGGUAAAUCAAUAUUUUGGCUGUCUGGACAGUGGUCACGGCUGUCUGGGCAAUGGUCACGGCUGUCUGGACAGUGGUCACGGCUGUCUGGACAGUGGUCACGGCUGUCUGGGCACUGGUCACGGCUGUCUUGACAGUGGUCACGGCUGUCUGGACAGUGGUCACGGCUGUCUGGACAGUGGUCACGGCUGUCUGGGCAGUGGUCACGGCUGUCUGGGCAGUGGUCACGGCUGUCUGGACAGUGGUCACGGCUGUCUGGACAGUGGUCACGGCUGUCUGGGGCCUGUUACGGAGAUUGGUGACACGGAUCCACCAGUUCUGUGCUGGUGACGUCACACAGACGUCCUGAACGGGGACAGUCUUGACGAGGUUGUUGUCUUGGACUCGUCACAUCGGCGAUGAAGUGGUAUUUCUGAGGCAAUGGAAGCAGUCGGCCACCUCGCGGUACGACGUUCCACCUUGCAAUAUUCCAAUGACCUGAUAGCGUUCGGCAGUUUAAUCGUGCCGUGACGUGUUUCUCCUGAGACGUUUCAUGUGCUGAACGAUGGAAUGUCCAAAGGCUGUCCUUUUAACCGGGAACUGGUGGCCCGGAUGAACUGUAUGAGCUGGUGCAUGCUCAACAGCGGUUUCCUGUGCUCGUGCUGUUGUCCGUGACGUCACACAAGAUGGCCUGUUGCAUUCUUAUUGGAUUAAUCUUACACUCUGGGGUUUACGUCUCUCGUCAUUACAUAUUUCUAUCUGACAUUUAAUUUAUAUAUUUGAUAUGAACAGUUUUGGGUGCUAGUAUAUAUUUUACGAAUAUGAUGUCAGCGCAAAGGUUCAGCUGUCGGGGUCAUUGGCGACAAGGUACAACAGAAAUGUACCCCAGGUAACUUUCUGCAUACACAGAGGUACCCAAAAUCCGAGUACAAAAUGUACAAGAUAGAGUUCAAGGGGGUUAUGGAAAAUAGCACACUUGACUUUAUAAAGGGUACGUGACAUUUUUCGAGCAUUGUGAAAAUAGGCAUUGGGUACAAAUAUUCCCAAGCUUGGGUGCAUUUAUGUAUACAGAAAAUUACAUGGGAUACAAUUCUUUGGUAACUGUGUCGACAACGACAUCGUGUGUAAUGUAAAUAAUCCAACCUUCUCCUUGUUCUUAAACAACUACAAUGUAUAUUGUGAUUCCCAUGGCAUUUUCGCAUCAAGCGAACAAAACUUAGGCCACACCCACUUGUGGACUACUGCUUCCUGAUUGGCUUACUAUUGGGUGGGCGGGGUUAGGGUUACAUUAUUGAGCCGAACGGUGUCACUAUUGCUGUCUACAGAUGUGUGUUAAAAUAAGUCUGUGAAGUUAAUAUAGUGGACUUAUUAUUUAUUUAUAGGAAUUGACUUCAAUAUGUUUUAGAGUUUGAAGUAAAUUCUCAAAUAUUUCGUUAUUAUUAGUCUGCUGCAAAAUACUCAAUACAGUAAAACACACAAUCAUUAAAUAUGUGAAUUAUUGUUAUCGAAGUCCCAAACGAUUUUGUCCUUAUUCUUAGUGUGUGAAGUAAUUUUAAGCUGUCUGUGAUAUGAUCUGAAUGGUAAUGUUAUACCGUAACUUAGAUGUGAAUCUGUAAUUCUAAAUUCUUUGUUAUUGAAUAAAUAAUAAACAAUGAA